GCUCCUUGUUUUGUUUAUAAAUUUGCCGCUAACGAUUUCUAUCGAACGUUCAACAAGUUUUCUCUAAAUUAUUCAGUUAUUUUUGGUGAAACCGUGAAAUAUCUGGAUAAAUCAUUUACAAUGGCAACAUCCCAACAAUCCGAUUCAAGCAAAUACAAGCAGCAGUUCUUGCAAAAGUACAACGAGUUGGUGGAAAGUAUAAACUCAAAACAUUUCGAAGAGUAUCAAAAAGUCGCACCGAAACAUCGAGCAUUUGAGAUAUUUAAAGCAGGAUUGCUGGAGAAUAUAUUGUCUUACUUCAACGGCAUUUGGGAUUCUACAAACACCGAUGAGCAUUUGCAUAUUCUGGAUUUGCUCAAAGCCGACCCGAAAAACGAUUCGGAGAAAAAAUGGCGUCCAACAGGGAAAAGUGCUGAAGAGCAAGUACGCCCCCUUGUUAUAAACAAAUUGAAAUGGCAGAUAAAAAUGUACGAAAGACAAAUACAAUUCCAUAAGCAACAGCUUGAGCGAGCGGUAUCACAGGUUGAAUUGGGACGUAAGAAAUGGGCCGAUUUCGUAGAAAUGAGGGAAUCUUUGAAGAGUGCACUCACCAGCGAGAUGCAAGAUUUCAAAAACAUCGAAUGCCAAAUAACAGCUCUUGAUGAGACAGUAAUAGACGAUUUGCAACGCUUUCAUUUGUUCUUCUUCGCCGAUAAAAGUGACGUUAAAGCGUGAAGAUGCCGAUUAGAGGAAGAAAACUGUCGGAAUAUGAGAAAGUGCAUCUCCAGAGAGGGGAUUAGCUAGGAAGCAGCUCAAAGCAGUCACUUCUGAUCGGCUCUAUUACAAAAAGAACUGUCUGUCUGUCUGUCUGCCGGGUGGAUCAUUUGCCCGGCUCUUAAAGUCUGGUGGGUCUACUGUAAAUUUGUGUGGACGGCUUAAUGCGUCUGAAGCAGAGGUUUUCAAACGGUACAGUAUGUCGCUAAAGGUUGCUUCAAAAGUUCGAAAAAAGUUAAAAAUAUGUUUCCAGGUUUACUUUAAAACUAUAAAAUUGUUGAAUUAUCACAGUAGUUGUUAAAAAUCGUUUCUUUUUUCAGUAAAUAUUCAUAUUCUACGUAACUAAAAAACAAGUCGUUUAUGUGAUCUACGAACACCAUUUCAUUUUUGUCUUUCAUACACUGAGUUAAAGAUACCACAAUUUAAGUAGUAGCUGUACAUAAAUUUGAACAUAAGUGAUAAUUUUCAUGCAUGACCAUUGUCUUUUGGAAUAAAUUCAUUAAAUCAAACGAUUUCAAUAAAUAAAAUUAUGAGUCUUAAUAAAAAGGAUCCUAUAUUUUUAGUUGAGAAUUGAUGGUCUUAUGCCAUACGUCGUGCGGCGGUUAGAGGAAGUCGUGAUCCGCUUUAUCUAAGGGUAUUCGCAUUCUGCCAUGCCACCAUCGGAGAUGUAACAUGACUCGACCAUCAGUAGAUAAUGUUACGUUCAGAACUGGUUAGUUGGGGAAGUUGUUGGCUGCUAUCUAUCUUGCUUUUACUACUUAUUACUCCAUUAGAUUAAUCUUCAAUUCAGUAAUCUAAUAAAGCCAUAAGU